AUGGAAAUAUUAGAAGAGAUUGAAAUCUUAUCUGAUUAUUGUUUUUAUUUAGAAGAAUUAUAUGGAACAGCAGAUCUCAACAUAGCAGAAAAUAUUUUAGCUGUUAUUAAAAAAUGUCAAAGUAGAACAGAAUUUAUUCAAAAAUUACAAAAAGUUAUGAAAUUUGAAGAAUCUAAUAAACUUGAAAGAUUUUAUGAAAUAUAUGACCAAAGAAAAUUAUAUCAAGAACUAAAUGGAAAAGAAAUUGGAAAAUUAAGAAGUAAACGAUUUAAUGAAGAAUAUAAAAGAAGAAAAAUUAAUGAAGAAGAAGAUAUUAAAAUAAUAAGAAAAAAAGAUAGAGGAAGAACAAAUGAAAAGAGUUAUGAUAAAAAAAGAAUAAGUUCAGAAGAAAGAAAUGAAAUGGAAAAAUUAAUUGCAGCAGGAAUAAUGAAACAAUCAGAUUUACCAAUAGAAGAAAUUUUAAAAGAAGAAAUAACAGUAAAAGAUGUUAAAUUAAAUGAAGAAGAACCAAGAUUUCUUAAAGGGAAAAUUAAAGAAAUUAAUAAUUCAAAAAUAAAAGAAGUAGAAAAACAACCAGAAGGACAUUUACAAAGAAGUGCAAUAAUGGCAAAUCAAAUUGCAAAGAAAAGAAAAGAUAAAAAAGAAAAGAAAGAAGAAGAAAAAAUUGAAGGAAUUGAAAUUAAAGAUAAAAAAAGAAAAAAAGAAUUAGAAAUAAAUAUUAAAGAAAUUAAAGAUAUAAAAGAAAUUAUUAAAGAAAUAGGAAAUAUAAUACCAAAAGAAAAAGAAAAAAAAGAAUGGGAACAAAGAGAAGAAAAAAUAACAAAGGAAUUUAAAAAAAGUAAUGAAGAAAAAAGAAAAGAAUUACC